CAGCUCGUGCUUUUCUUUUUCCCUGAGAUUACAUAGUUCUGGCGGUAGUAAGAGACUCUUUCAAACCUGCAAAAUGGCCACGUUCUCUUUGCGGUUCCUCUCGCGGUUGAUCACAAUGCCCGUGGCAAUUCUUGUUUCAGUUAUCAAAUAUUAUACCGUGGGCACAAUAUUCCAACGCACCAACAAAGAGUUCAAGGGUUCUCUCUACAAAAACACGCAUUUGUGUGUUUUAAAUCACUUGGCCAAUAACUACACGCGCGAUGAUGUCGCUCUUUUCAUGUAUAUGCCAGUGACAAGAUUGUUCGAGAAGUUCAAACUGUCGCCUUUGACUGUGGGCCUCAACGGCUUUGGAGAUAAAAUCAACAACCGCACGUCGUGGAUCUAUCCCACCCAAAUUAACGAAGCUAUUGCAGCAUAUCGUGCCAUGGUCGAGCAAGGCUAUGACGACAUUAUUUUGGUGGGCGACUCGUGUGGUGUCAACCUCUCUGCUGCCGUGGCCCGCUUCAUCGCCUACCUGGAUGAGGCACGUGAACAUUUCUCUAAGUUUACCGACUUUGACUGGGACUUCUCGCCCUUGCCUCAACCUCAAAAUGUGGUUAUGAUUUCGCCUUGGCUAGAGCCAUAUACAAAGCCGGUGCUUGAUCCCAACUUCGAUUAUUCGGGUGACUUAGGAGCACCAGACUCGACAAUGGGAGAUUGGUAUAUUGAAGGCUUGGAUAAAUCAGAUGUUGCACCAUUUGUUCGCUUCACAGAUAAUGAUUAUGCCUCUCAAUGGGCCAAUGUAGACUCGGUCAACGGAAAAGGAAGAACUUUGUAUAUAUAUGGUGAAAGAGAGCACCUUCGCCACGGUAUCGAAAAUUUCAUCGAUGUGAUAACCAAAGACGGUGACGGAAAACUAGAGGUUUAUGUUGAAGACGGUGGGAUCCAUGACGGAUUGUUCUACGUGGAAAGUCUUGAUUACAUGUCUGCUCGGGGUGCGCAAAAUGCUGUAGAAGGCAAGUUUGAAAGCAAAUAUGCAUAUUCAUUAGUGGGAAAGUUCUUAGGAGAAGUCCUUUGA